CUGCAGAACCUCUUGGUAUCUCCGGUCGUGCCGGACCUUUGUACGUAUGUGGAUCCCAGCACCUCAGAGAAGAUGCAGUAGCCAAGUACCUGGGGCAGCUGGGGCGUUUGGCCUUAUAUGGAAGGAGCAGCUCGUACGGUGAGCGGAGACAGGCACGGGACAAAGGUCAGUGCUCCUCGCCAGGUGAGACGCUGUGCAGGUACAGGUGAGCUCUGCAGCUCUGCACUCGCACCCUGAGCACCCACAGCCGGCUGCACCCUCACACACAGAUCUCCAGCUGCCAACCGGCCCCUACACCCCCCAACAUGCCUGAACUCACUGAAAAAGUCAAGAAGACACUGAAUAAAACUACCCCGGGGCUGCAGAUAUGGAGGGUGGAGAGUAUGAAUUUGGUUCCUGUGCCAGAGAACAGCUAUGGGAACUUUUUCGACGGCGACUGCUAUGUCCUCCUUAUGACCCAUAAAACUGGCAACAACUUCACCUAUGACAUCCACUUCUGGGUGGGAAACGACUCAUCAAUGGAUGAACAAGGAGCAGCUGCCAUUUAUACUAUACAGAUGGACGAUCAUCUUGGCGGGGCGGCCAUCCAGCACCGGGAAGUUCAAGGCCACGAGAGCGAUACCUUCAAAGGCUACUUCAAACAUGGAAUAAUUUAUAAAAGUGGUGGAGUGGCCUCUGGAAUGAACCACGUGGAGACCAACACAUACAAUGUAAAACGCCUUCUACACUGCAAGGGAAAGAAAAACGUCUUGGCUGGAGAGGUGCCAGUGGAGUGGAGCAGCUUCAAUGUAGGGGAUGUCUUCCUGCUGGAUCUGGGGAAACUCAUCAUCCAAUGGAACGGACCAGAAAGCAACAAACAGGAGAGACUGAGGGGCAUGACCUUGGCAAAAGAUAUCCGUGAUCGGGAACGCGGUGGCCGGUCUUAUGUCGGCGUGGUGGAGGGUGACAAUGAGGAACAGUCUCCUCAACUAAUGGCCAUUAUGACAUAUGUACUGGGAGAAAGAAAGGAGAUUAGAGGUGCCAUCCCUGACGAAGUGGUGGAUCAGGUGGCCAAAACUUCCAUUAAGUUGUUUCAAGUAUCGGACAACAGUGGCAACUUGAUGGUACAAGAAGUGGCCACCCAACCUCUUACCCAAGAUCUGCUGAAACACGAUGACUGCUACAUCUUGGAUCAGGCUGGCUCAAAGAUCUUUGUCUGGAAGGGAAAGAAUGCCUCUAAGGAAGAGAAACAGCAGGCCAUGACCCGGGCUUUGAACUUUAUCAGAGCCAAGAAUUACCCCGCGUCCACUAAUGUUGAGGUGGAGAAUGAUGGGUCGGAAUCUGCUGUGUUUAAGCAGCUCUUCCAGAAAUGGACCACAAAGGAUCAAACCACCGGGCUCGGAAAGACGAGUACUGUUGGUAAAGUGGCCAAAGUGGAACAGGUGAAGUUCGAUGUGAACUCAAUGCACGCUAAGCCUGAGGUCGCCGCGCAGCAGAAGAUGGUAGAUGAUGGAACUGGAGAGACAGAGGUCUGGAGAAUAGAGAACUUGGAACGGGUUUCAGUGGACAAGCAAUACCUGGGCCAUUUCUACGGUGGAGACUGCUACCUGAUUCUGUACAAAUAUUUGGUUAACAACAAAUACCAUUACAUAGUCUACAUGUGGCAGGGCCGCCAUGCAAGCCAAGAUGAGAUCACUGCCUCCGCUUACCAGUCUGUGAUAUUGGACCAAGAGUACGGAGGGCAACCAGUCCAAGUUCGGGUGCCCAUGGGCAAAGAACCUGCACACCUCAUGGCAAUCUUUAAGGGAAAAAUGGUGGUCUACGAGGGUGGUACCUCCCGGGCGGACAGCUCAGAGAUCCCAGCAGACAUCAGACUCUUCCAAGUACAUGGGGCCAAUGAAUACAGCACCAAGGCCUUUGAAGUACCUGUCCGAGCCUCCUCUCUCAACUCUAAUGAUGUGUUUGUGCUGAAGACUAAAGGGACCUGCUACCUCUGGUGUGGAAAAGGCUGUAGCGGAGAUGAGAGAGCCAUGGCCAAGAACGUGGCGGAUAUUAUCUCUAAAGGGGAGAAAGUAGUGAUAGCCGAGGGCCAGGAACCAUCAGACUUCUGGUUGGCUCUAGGUGGGAAGUCUCAGUAUGCUAACAAUAAAAGAUUGCAGGAGGAAACUCUGGACAUUACCCCACGGCUCUUUGAGUGCUCCAACAAGACCGGAAAAUUUGUUGCAACGGAGAUUUCAGAUUUCAACCAAGAUGACCUGGAUGAAGAUGAUGUUUUCCUGCUCGAUGCAUGGGAUCAGAUUUUCAUGUGGAUUGGGAAAAAUUCUAACGAGACAGAGAAGAAGGAAGCCGCCAUGACGGCACAGGAGUAUUUAAAGACUCAUCCCGGCGGCAGGGACAUCAACACCCCAAUUAUUGUGGUGAAACAAGAUUACGAGCCUCCUACCUUCACCGGUUGGUUCUUGGCUUGGGAUCCAUUCAAGUGGGAGAACAUGAAGUCUUACAAUGAUCUGAAGUCGGAACUGGGAGAUGCCAGCACUUUCGAGCAGAUUUCCUUGGAAAUGACAACACAGCAAUUUACCGCUCAGACCCAGAUCAGCUCUCCAUCUUUCCAAACGUACCCAGCGGAGAUGAUAGUGAACAAAAGCCCAGAUGAGCUGCCCGCAGGUGUCGAUCCCUCUAGGAAAGAGGAGUACCUGUCUACUGAUGAGUUCAGAACAAUAUUUGGGAUGACACGGUCUGAAUUCCAAGCCCUUCCUGAAUGGAAAAGGCAAAACAUCAAGAAAACAAAAGGACUCUUCUGAUUGGCACACAACACAGACCAACGUUCCUUUCCCCCAUAUACACACUGCUGUGAACAUAUUAAUGCCCCAUUAGCGCAGAAACAUCCAAUAGUGUGGCUACAAAGGGCUUUAGACAUAAUCCCAAUGGUUUUAUAUAAAGAAAUUCUAAUAAACCUUACAGUUAGACUGAAUACAAAUGGCUGGCAAUGCUUAUUAUGUGGUAACUGCAGCUGAACAUAUAUAUUAUAUUAGAGUUACCCACAUUAUUGGGGAGCAACAAACUAGUCUUUGGCUCUGAGGGACCUAACAAUAUAAACCUUUAUUAUUUGUAGUCUUCUUCUAGCUAUUUGCAACUUUCAAAUGGGGGUCACGGACCCCUGCACCCAAAAUACUAUUGCUUUGUAAAACUAGUUUAAUUGUUCCUACUUUUUAGUACUUAUUUUUCAAUUCCAGUCCCUCUCCUAUUCAUAGAUCAGUCUUUCAUUCAAACCACUCCCUGGUUGCUAAGGUAAUUUGGAUCCUAGCAACCAAAUAGCUAAUGUAACUCCAAAAGGGAGAGCUGUUGAACAAAAACUGAAUUAAAAGCUACAAAUAAUAAAAAAUGGAGACCAAUUGCAAA